AUGGUCAAGAACGUCCCAGUCAGCUCUACCACCAAGCCUACGAUGCUGCCCAGUGCCGACAGCAUUACUGACCGCUCACGGAAAUUCUACGAUGGAACAUACACGUGGGAUUCCGAUGGAUUCAUCGACGGUAUGGGAGUAUAUCGUACCUUUGACUGCUACGACCCGGAUGCGCGAGCUCCAACACCGCUGCCUCCUAUUUUUAUGAGCGAUGAAGAAAAAGACGGGGUGCUGCAAUGUGGCGCUGGCGCCGACAUGGAGACUCUUACGUUGGCACCAGACACUGGAAACGAAGGAAUCACAGCGACAGCACGAUGUGACAAGUCGUCUCAUAGUCAUGCCGAUAAGAAGCAUUUCAUUGGAAAGAUAGAAGGUGCCUUGCAAGACACCAUCACACCGCCUACCAGUCCCGUGGUUAAGAAACCGGCCACAGCUACAGUCAGAAACAAGCACCCCGGUCCCAUAACGCCUCCAAAAGACGCCGAAUCAAUGGUUCAGACUCCGUCAUCGUCGUCCUCAGGUCUUUCAGACUGCCCGUCAGAUCUCUCUGAGUGGGAUGUAGGCCCUCCGGUAAGUAUUCAUGCGGAUAGCAUGACUUAUUGUGGCACUGCUGAGAAAGUUCCAGAAUCUAAGUCAUAA